AUGGCUUCAUACGGGCUGCUGGGUCAGCCUGAAGAAGACGCGCUUCACAAGUCGCGGCUUCUCAAUGUCGAAGAAAAGCCAUUCAAGCGAAUUUCUAAACGCCUUUUAAACCCCGAUUCCCUUCUCAUCGCCAACUCCUCCCUACCACCCACCCCUCCUCCAGAGACCGAUUCCGAUGCGACCGCAACCGCAGAAUCCCAGAAGCAAAAACGCUUAGAAGAAUGGCGGCAUUUCCGCGAAGAUGUGACACUCGACUUUGCCGCAUUCGAAGGCAGUAUCGCUCGCAUUCAGUUUUUGUUGAAGAGCAACGAAGAGGAGCGCCAGCGGUACGCGACAGAGAAACUCCGCAUCCUGUCUACCAUGCACGCUGUUCGCGAAAAUACGACCGACCUGCGCGCCCAACUCGAAGAAGCCCAACGACUCCUGGCGUUACGAAAGAGCUAUGACGACUUGGCAGACAAGAUUACCAGCAACCGUCUGCUGAAGCCGCGAGAGGACCAGCAGGCCAACCUUCAGAAGCUGCAAUCAGAAAUUACAGAGCUGGACAAGGAAAGCAAGGAUUAUGCUAAAACAUGGGCGGAGCGACGCGAACAAUUUGGUCGCAUCGUGGAAGAGGGCAUGCAGCUGCGCCGGUUGAUUCGCGAUGAGAAAGAAGAAGUAGAGCGGAGGGAAGGUAUGCAGGAGGGCGAGGAUGGGGAUGAAGGCGACGCCUCUUCUAAAGGCAAGCUUAGUGCUGCUACCAGCCCUCGUCCGGAUGCUGAAGGUAUGACUCCGUCUCACGGUCAGGAUGAAAGCCGGCUGCGGGUUGAAAAUGGAUCUGGGUCUGCCAGGCCUGCAUCGCCUUUGCGACAGGUCAUCACUGCGAAUGGUACCCGGGACCAAGAUGAUAUCAACAUGGUGGAUGAAGGUGAGAUCACUGUUGACGACGCUGGAGAGCAAUCGGAUGAACUCGAGGAAGGUGAAGAACUUCCGGACGAGCAGAUGGAUACCACUUAA